AUGCGCCCCUCAUUCGCAGCACCCCUCCGUUCUCUCCUCCGCCCCUCCUCCGGGCUUCUUGCCACCCCAAUCUUGCGAGCACCUCUUCAAUUCCGCCCCCAAUUGCAACGCUCCGUGGGCCCAACUCGAUCAAUCCAGUAUGCUACAGGCAACAAGAUCCGUGAACAGCCCCGUCUCCGUCUCGGAACCGAGGCUCCUAACUUCACUGCCGAGACUACUCAUGGCAAGAUUAACUUCCACGAGUUCAUUGGAGACAGCUGGGCAAUUCUCUUUUCUCACCCCGCCGAUUUCACUCCUGUUUGCACCACCGAGCUUGGAGCAUUUGCCAAGCUCCAGCCCGAGUUCACAAAGCGCGGUGUAAAGCUCAUUGGUCUCUCAGCCAACGGACUCGAGAGCCAUCACCAGUGGAUUAAGGACAUUGAUGAAGUCACCGGUAGUGAAUUCACCGGGAAGCAGGGCUUCCCCAUCAUCGCUGAUGAGAGCAGGGAGGUUGCAUGGUUGUAUGACAUGGUUGACUCUCAAGAUUUGAAGAACAUCGACGAGAAGGGAAUUGCGUUUACCAUUAGAAGCGUCUUCGUCAUUGACCCAAAGAAGAAGAUUAGACUGAUGAUGAUGUACCCGGCUUCAACUGGAAGAAACUCGGCAGAGGUUUUGAGGGUUGUUGAUUCUUUGCAGACUGCGGAUAAGAACGGCGUUACCACCCCUAUUGAUUGGACUGUUGGACAAGAUGUGAUUGUACCGCCAAGUGUUUCUACUGAAGAUGCUAAGGCGAAGUUUGGAGAGGACAAUGUCAGAGUAUUGAAGCCUUACCUGAGAUUCACUACUCUUAAGAAGUAG